AUGGACAGGACCAUGUACGUGGACUACAAAGUCUUCACUGUUCGGCCAAAUGACACAGAGGCAGCCGUCUCUGAUAUUCUGCAGGAAGCUUCAGAGAGUCAUCAGCUUUAUAUCAUCAGCCUCUUCCUCUCCAGCAUCUACAUUAUAUUCCUGUUCCCCGUGGGCUUCAUCGGGAACAUCCUCAUCUUAGUGGUCAACCUGCACCACAAGGGCCGCUUAACAGCCCCGGACCUGUACUUUGUCAACCUGGCCGUGGCCGACCUCACUCUCGUGGCCGACUCUCUGAUCGAGGUGUUCAACCUGAAGCAGGGCUAUUACGACAAGCCCCACCUCUGCACCUUCAUGAACCUUUUCCAGCAGGCCAACAUGUACAGCAGCGUCUUCUUCUUAUCCUGGAUGAGCUUCGACAGGUUUGUUGCAAUGACUGGCCUCAUGGGUCGCAGCAUGCCGCACGCACGCCUCAGCUGCUGCCUCAUCUGGGUGUCCUCGUCUUUGCUCACUGUGCUUCCUUUUGCCAUAGCUCAAAGCCAGCAUGCCGGAGAACUCCACUUCUGCUUCGCCAACGUGACCCAGAUUCAGUGGCUGGAGGUGAUGCUGGGUUUCUUGCUGCCUUUCUGCAUCUUGGGUCUGUGCUACUGGAGAAUAGCACAGGUGCUCCGGAGGAGCCAGAGGGGACGAGAUGGCCCCCGGCAGAGGCCUCGCAGGCAGAAGGCUCUGCGGAUGAUCUCAGCAGCUGUGUUAGUCUUCUUCCUCUGCUGGCUCCCGGAGAACGUGUUUGUAAGCGUUCACCUUCUAAGAGGUGACUCAGACAGCAGCACACUGUGGCAGGACUACCCCCUCAUGGGUCAUGCUGUCAGGCUGGCGGCCUUUUCUAACAGCUGUCUGAACCCACUCAUCUACAGCUUCCUUGGGGAGACCUUUCGGGUUAAACUGAGGCUCCUUCUCCAGGAGAGGAGCAGAUGGGCCAAGCUGCACAGGUCAGCCACUGGGAAAUCUUUCUAUGUACAAGCUGCAAACACAUGUGGCCAUGCACCAUGCCACAGGCAAAGCCUGUCCACACACUUAAACUCUAACAUUCUUCCACAAACUGUUCCGCUCCCCCCAAACAAAGACCAAGUGCAUACAGUGGGCCACAAUGAUAACAGAUGACAUCAUGUCUGUGCCAUCAGUGUAAAGACAUCAUUAAAGGACACUGUAAAAGCAAGGACUCAAACUGUUGAGGAAACACUUGUUUAAUCUGUUUUUAAAAGGAUAGUUUGGAUGUUUAGAGCUGGGGUGUUACAAGUACUUAUCUAUAGUCAGUUACCUACAGCAGGCAGCAUUCGGUGCACCCCUCAUUUGGAGAAGCAGACAGGAGUACCAACAUGGAAGCUACGCAAUGCACUGCUGUGAACAGGGUCAGCGUCAAA